UGCGGGAGCUCGAGCCGAGCCAGGACCCCCAGUCCUGCGAGCGCGGAAUAUCCUGGGAUCUUCUCUUAUUUGUCAGCCGCCAAAGUGAUUACAGGAAAUUGAAAGAAAACAGAAUUUAAGAAGUGCAACAUGGCCAGGGGCUGCCUCUGCUGCUUGAAGUACAUGAUGUUCCUCUUCAAUUUGAUAUUCUGGCUCUGCGGCUGUGGGCUGCUUGGCGUGGGCAUCUGGCUCUCCGUGUCCCAAGGCAACUUUGCCACCUUCUCCCCCAGCUUCCCCUCGCUGUCCGCGGCCAACCUCAUCAUCGCCAUCGGCACCAUCGUCAUGGUGACGGGCUUCCUCGGCUGCCUGGGGGCCAUCAAGGAAAACAAGUGCCUCCUCCUCAGUUUCUUCAUCGUCCUGUUGAUCAUCCUCCUAGCAGAGCUGAUCUUGCUCAUCCUCUUCUUUGUCUACAUGGACAAGGUGAACGAGAACGCCAAGAAGGACCUGACAGAAGGCCUGCGGCUGUACAACACCGAGAACAACGUGGGGCUCAAGAACGCCUGGAACAUCAUCCAGGCCGAGAUGCGCUGCUGUGGCGUUACCGACUACACGGACUGGUACCCGGUGCUGGGGGAGAACACGGUUCCCGACCGCUGCUGCAUGGAGAACUCCCAGGGCUGUGGGCGUAACGCCACCACCCCCUUGUGGAGGACGGGCUGCUACGAGAAGGUGAAGACGUGGUUCGAGGACAACAAGCACGUACUGGGCACGGUGGGGAUGUGCGUCCUUGUCAUGCAGAUCCUGGGCAUGGCGUUCUCCAUGACCCUCUUCCAGCACAUCCACCGGACGGGGAAAAAGUACGACGCGUGAGCGCGCCGACCGGAGGGCCCUGUCCCACCCGGACGCUCCGUGGAAGGAAGAGGAUUUGAGCUUCCUGUCACCUGCACUCUGCAGACUGUGCCCCUGCACCCACCCACCCGGCCGGCCCUUCCCCACCAGCGGCCUCAGCCUCAGACUCUGGGUGGGUGGAGGGCCAGGGAGGCGGCGCCCUCGGAGACCUGGGCCAGGGCGCCGCGUUCCUGCACCUGCACCUGUGCAUUUGCCAAAGACGACGGGGUGGGCUGGGGACGCGCUCGGGAGGAGCCCCCAGCACUGACGGGUUUCUGCCCCCGCCCUUCCUCACACUGACGUUUGUCCCUGCGUGGGGUGGGGCCCGGUGGAGAGACCGCCCCGGUGGGGGCCGCUGCCGUCCACGGCCACCGUGGGAGAGUUGGCGGGGCGGGGUCUGACCGCCUUCAAGCGGGGCCCCUGGAGCAUCGCGCCAGGCUUUUUAUACCUUACAGUGUAGCUUUUUUAUUUUAUUUUACUCUGACUUUGAUUAUUCAGGAAUAUUAUCUCAGAUAAGUUUAGGGUUAGCUUUC